UCUCACCCCCCACCCCCAAACUCCUACCAAUCAGGUCAUGGGGAGACCAGCAUCUUCCGACGCCCCCACCCACCCACUCCCACAUGAAGGUGGCGAGGACAGACAGCAGGCAGGCGUGUGACUCGGCCCACGAGACAGCCGAGCCCCAUCCCUCAGUCUGGACCAGGGCUCAGGUGUCCAGGCUGAGGGGAGGGGACAAGAAGCAGACUUUGGCCCCGGUCUGUGUCCCCAGUCUCUUGCCAGACGCUGUCUGCAGACUCACUGCAGAGCGCAGGCCUUGGGGAGAGAGUGCUUAGGGGGUGGGCCCUGCUUCUUGAGACAGCUCCCUUCCACCCCCACCCAGCCAGGGAUGUUGGAUUAAUCAACACUUAAACCCCGGCCCCUGCCUGAGAAGAGGGAGCAGGCACCAACCCCUCCGAGUCAGGGACAGGGCCACACUUGGGCCUUGUGGGUUCCAAUAGGCUGUCCCCAGACUAGGGGCCUCUCUGGCACCCCCUCCCUGGCUCCAGCACUGUGCUAGGCUUUUAUUUCCCUGCUCUUCCCCAGAAGGGCUUGGCUUCUGGGCGGGAAGUGUGAUGUCCAGGAGAAUGUGUAGAUAGGUACGUCCUAGAUGCCUCUAAGUCGCCACACCUGGAGAGAGUCGGGGACUUGUCUAGCAAUCUUGCCCUCAUUUUCUCCCCUAGGAUGCCCCUUCCCCACCUGCUUGCGUUGGUUAUGUAAUUAACCCAGUGGAUGCCCGCUGCCAAGCUGACAAUGUCCAGGGAUGCCCGAGGGGCUCAGGGUCUGGAGGGAUUUAUGGGGAAGAGGUCCUGGUUCUUGCCCCAGUUGGAAGCCCAUAGAAGUAGAUAAACACCUGUUGGGGAAAGGACACUGCUUGAGGCAGAAGAAAUCAGGGUCUUGUGUUAGUGGAGAGCUCAGUUGACUAUGACUCAGUUCCCUGAGUAUCUGGUUUUAGCUUUAACUUUCAAUAAAAUGGGCAGAUUCACACACACUUGAACUCGCUAUAGACCUGUGAGCAACUGCACAGCGGCUAGUGACCCAGCCCAAGAUUGCCAGGAGGCUUCACUGAGAUCAUGGAAGAAUCAUAGGUGAAUGACGGCCACUAUAUACCGGGCACCCACUCAGUGCUAGCACUGAGCUUUAUGUGCGUAACUUUGCAACACCCUUUGAAGUUUCUUGCCCAAGUCGCACUUUAGGUGGCAGAACUGGGAAUCCAACCCUGGUGGGUGAGUCUCACUCCAAAUCCUGCCGUUUAUUUAGUAUGCUGUAUAUGCACAGUAUAGGUGUAUGUCCAGUGGAUUGGACACUCUGAACCGGGACACGCUGGGGCACAUGUGAACUGUGCACACGUGGAGAGAGCAUGCAUGCACACACAUGGGGAUGCAUGGCCCUGUGGGAGUCCAGUCAAGCCCUUUGCCCUGGACCCAUUUAGCAGACACUGGUGUCAUCCUCCUGCAAACAGUCCCCGGAUAAGAGGUCUCAGGCUUGUACCAGCUUCUCGGGUCACCAUCCCCAACAGAAGAGAAGGCACCUAGCUAAGAGAUGUAAUGUAUUUAGAUUUUUUUCUCAGAAAUAGGGGCUGUUCACCCCAUUUUAGAUAUGAGGCAAGUGUGGCUCAGAUCGGGCAGGUGAUUUGCCCACUGAAGAAACAUCAGGGCUGGGCUCUCUCCCAGAGCUCUGAGGCCACUGACACUGAGCAGGCAAGGAACUCGUGAACCCAUAGCAAGAUUCUGCCUGCUCUGCACCCAGCCCUCUGGGCACCAGAGGAUGCAGGGACUCAGACACAGCCCUGUGGGCACUCAGCCGCUAGAAUUACUAUACUUGGAAGCUGGAGAAAGAUGAACUGCUGUUCCCAUCAGUGUGACUUUGGGCACACUUCAUAUUCCUGAGGCUUCUGGCUAAAGUGGGGAUACCUCUCCUUCAGGGUGUUGUGCUAAGGGUAGCCGCAUGGGCAUGCUAACUUAGAGUAAGUGAUCAACAGGUGUUGCAUUCCGGAGCCGAAGGGAUUAAUUGAGGGGCAUUUAGAAAUGGGGGGAGGGCAUUUUUGGUCCUGGUGACUGGAGGCUUCAAUUCGCUGUCAGGGUGCUGGCAGGCACCUCGUGGCAGCCAGGGACAUGAAACGUCCUGCAGUGCUCAGACAUUCCUGCCCAAUUUUCUUUCCAGGAAAUGCCAGAGCGCCUCUGCUGAGAUACUGGCCUAGUCUCAUCCCUCAACACCGAGACUCUAGGAGUUGCGGUCUUGUCCUGGGCUCCGUGGGAAGGCUGCGGUUGGAGCUUUUUCCACCCUGCCCUGCAGCCUGCCGUGGCUUGGGAGUCAGACCUGGCCAAAAUCCAGGUGGAGGCCACAGAGGGCCCAGGGCAAGCAGGGGCAGCAAUGGUUGGUCCUGACGGUGGCUGAGCCCCCAGCCCCUGGAAUAUGCAGCCCGGGGGUGCCCCAGGCAGCGGUGAGGACGAGGUGGCGGAGCGGGGCGGGAGGCAUGGUCUCCACCUACCGGGUGGCCGUGCUGGGGGCGCGAGGCGUGGGCAAGAGUGCCAUCGUGCGCCAGUUCCUGUACAACGAGUUCAGCGAGGUCUGCGUGCCCACCACCGCCCGCCGCCUCUACCUGCCUGCUGUCGUCAUGAACGGCCACGUGCACGACCUCCAGAUCCUCGACUUCCCGCCCAUCAGCGCCUUCCCUGUCAACACGCUCCAGGAAUGGGCAGACACCUGCUGCAGGGGACUCCGGAGCGUCCACGCCUACAUCUUGGUCUACGACAUCUGCUGCUUUGACAGCUUUGAGUACGUCAAGACCAUCCGCCAGCAGAUCCUAGAGACCAGGGUGAUCGGCACCUCAGAGACGCCCAUCAUCAUCGUGGGCAACAAGCGGGACCUGCAGCGCGGACGCGUGAUUCCGCGCUGGAACGUGUCACACCUGGUGCGCAAGACCUGGAAGUGCGGCUACGUGGAGUGCUCGGCCAAGUACAACUGGCACAUCCUGCUGCUCUUCAGCGAGCUGCUCAAGAGCGUCGGCUGCGCUCGCUGCAAGCACGUGCACGCCGCCCUGCGCUUCCAGGGCGCGCUGCGCCGCAACCGCUGCGCCAUCAUGUGACGCCGCCCCGCGGGCUGCACCCCCAGAGGC